AUGUCGAGCAGCCGCACAUUCAUCGUCGUCUUCAGAAGCCGCCAAGUCGAGCUGGAACUGGAGGAUUUUUCGACCGGAAUUCGAUUUAUCAGGUCGUUUUUUUUUAAAUUUUUAUUUAAAAUUAGGAUACGUUUUCUAGAUAUUCUAAAACUUCUAGAUGAUUUAGGCUUUGAUUGUAAAUUUAAAGAAAUCUAGGGUUUUUAAGCUAGAUAAUUUUCAAUCAUUAUCAGCAACAUUUUUGGCGUGUAGGAUUUACUCCGAUAGUCAAAUAAAAAUGUGCACUUUGGCUGAAAACCUUUGAGCAUAAGAUUUACUCUGAUAUCGAAGAUUAUUAGGCGAUGAUUGAAGAUUUUUUGGCUUAGAAAAAACAUUAAUGCUUUAGAGUUAUGUAUUUAUUUGUUAGAGUAUACGUUUUUCUCACAUUUUCUCAUUUUCAAGAUCGAAUCAAUGUGAUGUUUCAAGUUGGCAGCGUCGACUUCAACAACAUCUUCUACAAUCUCUACAACAACAGCACUUGCCGAAGCGGUUCCGACUCCGAAAGCUGUUAUUGCUCCACCACGUGAGCUGAGAUGUCAAGCUUUUGCCGAGUUGCCACGUCUCAGUCUGAUUCAAUCGUCUCCUGCAAUCUUCUCAAUAUCGCCUCUGUCAAGCUGACUGCAACACUCCUAUCAAUUGCUAUGAAUUCGUUGCCAUCUUCUGCAACUGUUCAACACCUGAAAUGUGGAGCAGCCGCCAAUCCAUCGUCGUCUUCAGAAGCCGCCAAGUCGAGCUGGAAAUGGAAGAUUUUUUCAAUCGGAAGUCGAUUUACCAGGUCGUUUUUUUUCAAUUUUUUUUUACAAUUAGGAUACGUUUUCUAGAUAUUUUAAAACUUCUAGAUGGUUUAGGCUUUGAUUGUAAAUUUAAAGAAAUCUAGGGUUUUUAAGCUAGAUAAUUUUCAAUCAUUAUCAGCAACAUUUAUUGGCGUGUAGGAUUUACUCCGAUAGUCAAAUAAAAAUGUGCAAUUUGGCUGAAGAUCUUUGAGCAUAAGAUUUACUCUGAUAUCGAAGAUUAUUAGGCGAUGAUUGAAGAUUUUUUGGCUUAGAAAAAACAUUAAUGCUUUAGAGUUAUGUAUUUAUUUGUUAGAGUAUACGUUUUUCUCACAUUUUCUCAUUUUCAAGAUCGAAUCAAUGUGAUGUUUCAAGUGGGCAGCGUCGACUUCAACAACAACUUCCACAACACAAUCUACACAACGACAGCACUUGCCGAAGCGGUUCCGACUCCGAAAGCUGA